AUGCAAGCCAUGGACAUGUCGAAGCAGCCCGAAGUGAAGUGGUUUUACCUCGGACCCGAUGAUAAUCCUUAUGGUAGCUUCAGCUCGAAGGAUAUGAUGCAAUGGGUUAAUUCCGGCUACUUCGGCGAUAACGUCCCAGUGCGAACGGAGAAUGACCAGCAUUUUUACCCUAUUGGUGAAUGGGUCCGUCUUUGCGGUGGAAAGUUGCCAUUCGGAUUGCCUAUUCACUCGUGGGAUGCGGUGGCUUCUCAAUUUACUCGACACCCGAUUUCAAUGCCCCCACCUCCAAUGCAUCCCGUCUUGCUUCCACCCGGACUCCCACCACCAAAUAUGACCGGCAUGCAUCCACAACGAUAUCCGGCAUACAUGCCGAUGCCACCAAAUGGAAUGCACUCGCCUGCCGCAAUUAUGCAACCAAUGGGAAUGGGUCCACACGGAAUGACUAUGCAGCAACACAUGGUUGCUCCGCUCAUCUCGCAGCCUCCAUCGGAGCCAAGAGACGGUCAUCACUCGACAAAUAGCCAGACACCCGAUUCGGAAGGAGAAGUGUUUGUUGACGGUCAGAAGCAAAACGUUCUUCUCGAGACGCAAAUCCUUAUGACUGAGAAGGUCUCUGUUGGAACUGAAACGAUGAAACCCCAAAUGUGCGAUGCUUCUACGUCAACCCUACCUUUAAUGCUCAACGCUAAGGAUGUUGCCCGUCUUCUUUCUGAGCUCUUCGGGCAAACUGUGCAUAUCACA